AUGACCCGUCUCCAUGCAUCAUGGCUCUUACGAGUCCAUCCCUCAAAUCGCAUCACCCGAUAUAACCGCUUCCUUCCAGCACUAGAUACCCUUGGCACCCCCGAACACCCAAUCUCUCCAUUGCUCACUCCCAACGCCCUGAUCCUCAUUGGCAGCAACCCACCCAUUCGCAGCCGCCACCUCUCACAUUUCCAUCGUCAUGUCCACGUGGCCUGGGACAUCAAUUUGAGUUCUAACGAGGGUCCGGAUUCUGUCUCGACCUUUCCGACCGCUGCUACGGAUGGCGAGGGCUCAGUUCAUGCCGCGCAGAGGGACAUUUACGUGCCGCCAGCUUGA